AUGUGGACGACAGGCAAUUCUCCCAUCUAUCCAGCUUUCUCUCAAUGCCGAUUUCAGGGCCUUCUCAUGCGAGAACUGCCUACACGUGCAUUAUCAAUCAUACAAGAGCGAGCCGAAGAGUUGUCUGGCAUGGAGACGAUCAACCUGCAGCGCAGCGACGAGAAACUACCCUACGUACAUGAGACCGUGGUCGUCGACUGCUACUUGUCUUCUUAUGAGAAUCCCGAAUACCUGACCUGGAAUGGGCCCAGUAUCCUAUCACCGCGUACGCACCCCGAGGAUGUCUUCCGGUAUGCCAGUGCCAUGCUGUCAUACCCCGUCGAUUGGUUAGAAAUGCACCUUGCGGUCGUCCAUAAGUGCACGUUCAAUUGGGUCGCCAUCCCACCAUUCUUCCUUCCGCGCGUGGAGUGCAACCUCGGCAACCUCAGGCGGCUCCCCAAUCAGAUCUGGGAGGAGCUCCGUCCAUACAUGCGGACCAUUGAUCAUGCAAACUACCGGUUUCAGAUGUUCGUGUGGCCAAGGGCCGAGCGGGAGCCGGAUACCAGGGGAAGAUUAGGAGUGUUAUCAGGGUCAAACACUAUCGAUCUGGAAAGAAUCCUGGAUCCAGUUCGUUUGGUUGAAAACAUCUCUUGCGGCUUUUAG